GCACAAACAGGGAUGAAGCAUGGCAACCGAAGUAAGAAGCAAGCUCUCAAGUCAGCAUCCACAGAUCUUGGGACAAGUGAUGUAGUGUUGGGCCGUAUCUUGGAAGUCACCGACCUGCCCGAAGGAAUCACACGUACCGAAGCUGACAAGCUCUUCACCCAGUUAGCCAUGUCUGGUGCCAAAAUCCAGUGGCUGAAAGAAACUCAGGGGCGUCCUGGGGGCGGGGGCGACAAUAACCACGGGACUGCGGAGAACGGCAGGCAUUCAGACCUUGCUGCCUUAUACACCAUCGUGGCCGUCUUCCCCAGCCCUUUGGCAGCCCAAAACGCAUCCCUGCAUCUGAACAACUCUCUCAACUGCUUCAAGUUGCGUAUGGCCAAAAAGAACUACGACCUGCGUGUGCUGGAGCGUGCCAGCUCCCAAUAGGGGCAGACAGAGGGGCGGGGAGGGGGAGGGCAACAAGCACAUUGGACUGGCCUCUCCAGCCUCACCCCCCCAACAGCCCCUUGACCAGCCUCCUUUAGUUCCACAUGCGCCUCCCCGUCUUUCUUCCCUCCCCCCCCCCUUUUUUAAUUUGGGUGAUAGAGGGGGUAAUUUCCUGGAGAUAUUUAUAUGGACAAAAUGAAGAGAAAAAGACAUUGAUUUGUUUUGUUUUUGUUUUGUUGGGGGGGGGGCUUCUGUUUUUUUUUAAUUAUUAUUAUUUUUGUGUGGAGGAACAUGUCCUGCCCUUUGCCCCCUCUCCAGAACACGUGUAUAUUGUUUUGUUCAGCGUUGUGCCGCGGUACGGAGCCGUAUUUAAUUGCACAUAACAGAUGUUGGCUGGGUAUAUUCACUGUACAUUUUAUUUAAUCUGGGUUUAUUAUUAUUAAUAUUAUUAUUUGGUUUUUAAAUAUAAAAGAAUCGUCUGUCACUUUAAAGCUG